AUGGAUCAGCCUGUCUAUAAUGCCGCUAGAAAUUUGCGAAGGGACAGGCGUAAAAUAAGAAAAGAAAGAGAAUAUUUUCGAAACAACGGUCAGGGUAUCGACGUGGACCAUCAGACACGCGCAUUCCAGAUAAAAUUGGAACAACACACGAAAAUAUUCGCCUCGAUGUGUCCGGACGAAAUUCUGGAUCAUUACGAUGAUUAUCAGACUAGAAUGUAUUACACCACUUUGAUGCUUGGAGAUAUAUCAGGGUUCACGGAUCUCGCUGAGAAGUACACGAAAACAGGCAGAGGUGGUCCUUCAAAAUUGACGGACACAUUGAACAGCUAUAUCGGUGCAAUGGUACAAGAAAUAUUGUCGCACAACGGCGAUUUGCUGAAAUUCUCGGGGGACGCGUUUAUAGUGAUGUGGAAGCUGAACGAUGGCAAGGUGAUGCGAGAUUUGGCAAUAGAAGCGAUGCAAACCGCUUGCAUUAUCCAAAAACACUUCGGGACUUACGACACCGAGGUUGGAGUGACUUUAAAAGUGAAGUUAGCAAUAGCCUCUGGAAAAACGUACUUCACAUCUAUCGGAGACUCAAACACCAUGUCUCAUUAUAUUAUUACUGGAAAACCGGUGUGGGAUGUAAAAUACGCUGAGGGUCUUUGUCGGGGCGGCGAUAUUCUGGUGGCUCCGAGUAGCUGGCAGUGGGUGAAUCCCAACGAAUAUGUACACGAAACACUUCCAGACGGUAUACACACUCUUAUCAUAGGCUGCACAAGCACGUGGUUUCAGUCUAGAGAAGACGACGUAGAAAUUAGUACAGAUGACGAUGACGAUGAACUUUUUCCGAUCGAUUACGAUUCAAUGUACAUCCCAAAGGCAAUCGCAGACUCAGAAACCGAAGCGGUGAUGAUGAGUCUAGCUGGCGACACUUUCGAGAGAGAAAAGUUUAGACAAGUCGAUUACAGUUUACGUCCCAAGAUCAUAAAAAUAGCGAGGGCUCGUUUGAAAGACGCCCUAAGGAGCUACAUGUUGAGGCCAGUGAUACGAUCUGUGGAAAUGGACGAGCCUUUGGAGUAUCUGACAGAAAUGAGACAAGUGGUAAUUCUAUUCGUCAACGUUAUCACUACAAACGUGGACAAGAGAACGUUAAUUUCCUUGGUCGACUCUUCUUACAAAUUAGUUUGCAAGAUCGUUGGUGAAAUGCACGGAUGCGUGAACAAAACGUCCCUCUUCGACAAGGAUCUAAUGUUUCUCUGUAUUUUCGGUCUACGAGGCGACAAGCACGAGCUAGAGUCUCAAAUCGGUUUGAAAUGCGCGUCGAAGGUACGAACAGGCCUUCUAAAGUUGAGAAACGUGAAAUCGGUUACUGUCAGUGUGACCACAGGAAUGACGUAUUGUGGGGUCGUGGGUCACAUUUUGCGAAGAGAAUACACUGUGAUUGGAAUGUCAGUGAACAAGGCUGCGAGACUUAUGGUCGCAUAUCGCGAUAGGGUUGUUUGCGAUCGAGAGAGUUUUCUCCAUUCCCAUCUUGAAACAAGACACUUCAUCUUGCAGGAACCAAGGUACUUAAAAGGGAUCUCGAACAUUGGUCCCAUUUACGAAUUUCAGGAAAGACCGAAGUACAAUGUGUCGGAUUUAGUAUGGAACAAAAAUCCAUUGCUCGGUCGAGAGCCUGAAAUGAAACAAUUCCAUGAAAUAUUGGUAACAUUGUUGAAUUAUUCCACUCAAGAUAUAAUGAAUCGUGGUCCAAGACCAACAGGUGAACCAAGGAUAGGAAAAACUAGAUUGCUGGACGAAUUCACUCAAAACAUUCCAUCCGGUGUUCACUACAACUAUAUUCCUCUGCACGUAGAAGACGCCAAGGCACCAUACAACCUGAUUCACCUGAUAUUUUCGAUGCCACUCGGCUUCACCGUCACCUCGACGCGCAAAGAACGCGAGGACAAGCUGCUUCUUCAUCUCCGCAAGGUGCGUCAAACGCAGCUCCUCUGCGUCCUCAAUCAACCUUUCAACGUGCGUUUCACGAUUACUCACCGCUACAACGCAUUGACCGACAUCGCGAAGUGGAAAGUGUUACGAAAAUUUCUAUUGAAACUGAUGAAAAGCUGCUUCGAAACACUGUGGGUGGUCAUAAUCGACGACGCUGAGUGCAGCGACCAGGAAUCCUUGGAACUCUUCGACGUUCUGACGAAGAAAGACCUGGUGUUCUUCGUUCUGAGCAUCGGUCGAAAGUGCAACCCUCGGACCCAGAUAUACACUACUCUUUUGUACAGAGGAAAGGUCAUUGAACUCAUCGGAAUAGACAAGUGGUACCAUGCUGGUCUCGCCUGUCAAAUACUCAACGUGAAUGGCCUGCCUGCAGAGUUGGAAAAACUCAUACAAGAAAAGAGUUUCGGUAAUCCAGGCUGGAUCGAGAGCUACCUAGUCAGCCUCCUGCAAGCUGGAGAUCUAGAAAUAAAAAUUAUCAGUAAAAAAGAAGCCAACAAACUGGGCUACGUGUUGCCUCCCAUAUCGAUGUUGAAGAGAUUUGUGUCAAGUAAGUCGUAUCACAAUGGCGAUGGCAAAGAACGCUCGGACAGAUGGCUGAUGUACAGAACGAGCUUCAAAGACAGCAUGAUCUCGAUGCUCGAACACAGCAUCAAGGAACCGAGCAAAUCAACGGCGAUCGUGGAGAACGAAGAGGCGAUGAUCGCUGUUUGCAACAUCUCGGAGAACUUUACGUACGAAGACAUCGACACCGAAAUCACGAUGGACGUUAUGAUCUUAAAGCUCUUCGAUUCUUUGACACCCCUCGAUCAACUCCUUUUGAAAUGCGCUUCCGUGAUUGGAGAAACUGUCAACAGACACAUGUUAGAGAGCCUGAUGAACCUGUCUGCCAAAAGAGAGAUUGGACUUGCAAUUUCGAAGUUGUUCGAAAUACGAGUCUUCGGAUGCGCGAUCGGAGACUUCUCCAAAAAUAAAGGGCCGAUAAUAUUCAUCAGGAACAUGCGAAAUCCUGCGACAGAGAUGAACGUGUUCUGCAGCUGUAUUGGCAUUACCAUUUCAGAGGAAUUGGACGAUCUGCCAAGGUACGCCUCGUGCGGUUUAAUGAGGUUCAAAAUGACGAUGUUCCGUGACACGACCUAUCAAUUACUCACGGAAAACCAAAAGAUGGAGUUGCACAACCAGGCAUUGAAAUACUUGAAACAACACACGAAACGUUGCGUGUCGUGUGGGCAAGGUGAAUUCGCAAAAUUACUGGGGAAAGUGUCGAAGAAAGAGGACAGGAAGAAGAGGACGACCGACAUAGACGAAAUGUUCGACAGCGUAGGUUUCGACGACAUAAACACUCUCGCGGAAAUCAAAAUAGAAAGCAAGGCGUUACUUUCUUGCUUCAACGUGUUUCGAAACGUCGAAAGGAAGCCAACGGUCACAUUUUCGGACGUGGAUUUCAGCGAUUGCCAGUGCAAUUUGAUAUUGAUAACAGUCUAUACCCAAAUACUGGAACAUUGUCGCGGUAUCGGGAAGACUGAAUUGACGAUGAUCGCCAUUUUGGAGUUCGCAGAAAUUUGCGUGAUGGCUUGCAAUAUACCACAGGCUCGAAAGCUCUUGACGAAAGGCAAGGCGAUUCUCGAAGAGCUAUUCAAAUCAAACGAAGACGAACUGGUCCUUUUGCCCUAUCUCACCGCUAAAAUCGAAACCCUUCAAGGUCAGUGUUUCCUGGAAAGUGGUUCCAUCUUCGAGGCGGAACAAUGCUUCGAUACGGCGUUAAACAAUUUGGGCUACAAUUUCCCAAGAAUGGAGAUAAUGAUCGAUCUAAAGGCGUUCACGCAGCUCAUAUCGUUAAGAUUGAAGCUCAGUUGUUCGAGAGAAAGGAAACUCGACCAGGAAUACGACGAAAGCAGUGUAUUCUAUACCGAACAAUUGGCUGAUUGUCUAGCGCAAAUGUUCAAUCUUUUCAGAUUUAAUGGGAUGAAAAAGCAUGCACGACUGGCGGCCAUCUGGGGUUUGAACGCUGCAUUGAAUUCUACCAGAAACUUGUGCAUUCUCUGCACAUCCUACACUAACAUGUUAAUCACAGCACACAUGUAUCGCGAUAGGACCAUCAUACCAUUUUUGGAGGAAAGGGGCAUCGACAUCUGCAACGAGAACAAAGAAUCCAUCGAACACCAAGAGCUGAACAUGAUCGCCGAGUUGUACGCGGGAAUAUUUUUUUCUCGCUGGGUGAGGGGACAAAUCUCGAAAGCGACGAAAAUUGGCUUCGUCUGCUCCAGAAUAGCAGCCACCAUUGGUUCCACGUUCUUGAAAUUGCUGUUACUGCCUCGGCUGGUGCAUCUUCUUAUGCUGUCCUGUCGUCAUUCGGAAGUGGUUGCACAGUUAAGGGAAUUGGAAUUCGUGUCUCAGAACGAUCUGGAUAAAUCUGGACGUACCUGGUACUAUGCACUUUGCGCCGACGUGCAUUUAGACACUGGUAUCACGAUACUCUCUUUUCAAUCUUGCGAACAGUACUUCCUUCGAGAGGGCGAGACGAUGAUCAGCCUGUAUGACCCUGAAGCAGAAAGGCGAUACUUCACUUCUAUGUGGCUGUGGAGCAUCAGAACUGAACAGUGGGAGGCUUCCAGAGUAUGGGGCAGCAGAAACGUGAGCAAAGGAACUAUUACGGACGAGCAUAUAGUAGUAGCAACGACUACCAGCUUGAAAAAGCUCGAGGGUCUGCUUAUCCUUUACGGUACUCGCUUUUAA